GGGAGGCGGGAGCCAGCCGCCGGCCGCGCCGCCGCCCCACAAGAGGAUGAAGAAGCGGAAGGAGCUGAACGCCCUCAUCGGCCUGGCCGCCGACGGCCGCAGGAAGAAGCCCGCCAAGAAGGGCUCGGGACACCGGCUGCUGCGCACCGAGCCGCCCGCCUCCGACUCCGAGUCCAGCUCCGAGGAGGACGAGUUCGCGGGGGCGCGGGGCCGCUGCGGAAAGGGAGAUUACCUACGAUGCUGCAAGUUCUGUUACCCAUUAUGUGCGUUUGUCAUUCUUGCCGCUUGUGUGGUAGCGUGUGUUGGCUUAGUCUGGAUGCAGGUGGCUCUCAAGGAGGAUCUGGAUGCAAUAAAGGAGAAGUUUCGAACUAUGGAAUCUAAUCAAAAGACAUCAUUCCAAGAAAUUCCUAAACUGAAUGAAGAUCUGGUGCAGAACCAAAAGCAGCUAGAACAAAUUGAGACUGGAGAACUGGGGCUGAAUAAAAUUUGGAUAAAUAUCACAGAGAUCAGUAAACAGGUAUCACUAUUGACCUCAACAGUAAAUCAUCUCAAAAACAACAUUAAGUCUGCUGCUGAUCUGAUUUCUCUUCCUCUCACAGUAGAAAAACUUCAGAAGACUGUAGCAACCAUAGGUAGCACUCUUACCAGUGUGGCUCACGAUGUUGAAAAUAUACAGACAGCUAUUGAAGAAUACAAGAAAUCCAUAGAAAUACUCCAGAAUGAUGUGAAGGAAUUAAAACAGAUGCCUUCACUUCCCUCCACUGUUAUGCCAAGGACUGAGAGAAAUCAGACAGAAAAUUGCAAAAAGGAAAGCCAGGCACUGCAUGCAGCUCUGGAAGAGCUAAAUAACACCGUGGUGCUGUACCGAAAGUUGAAUGACAUCAGGCUUCUAAACGUGGAUUCAGCCAUUGGCAACCUCAGCCGGAAGGUUACGCUGCUGGAAAACUCUCCCCUUGUUGUGAAUAAUCUGGACAAAAGAGAGAACUUGUCUACCAGCGUGGGGAAUGAUGCAACUACCUCUCUAAAAGUGGAAAAUGAAGAUCAACUAGAUAGUGAAACUCAGUCAAAUACAGAACUGAAGGAAGCAGGAACUAGAGAUUCUCAGGUAUCAAAACUAAGAGAGAAGCUUCAGCUGAUCAGUGCUCUCACAGGCAAGCCAGAAAAUGACAGACCCAUUGAGACAACAAAGAAUGUUGAAAGUAGUCCAAGUACUACAGCAAAGCCCACAGACCUUUCAAGGCUGACUUCAAGGUCAGCUGAUGACAACACAGAGAGUAAUGGGCAGCUGAGCCAUCUGUCCUUACCAGGAAUUUCCAGCAUUGAAGAUCUGCAGAAUUUGUUUGAAAAAGCACCUGAAGCUGCUGAUGGGAAACUCUCAUACGAAGAUCUUCAAAAGUUGCUUGGCUCCACAGCCCAAGAGUCACAGAGCUUUAAGGAAUUUGACACAGAUGGAGAUGAGAAAUACACACUAAAAGAACUGAGAUUAGCAUUAGGUGUAUAGGAUCUAUAUUUAGAAAUUUGAUAUUGGUGGAUGUUACUGUAGCUAAAGGAAGCUACAGGACAUGAAAAACUACGUCUGCACUUUCCCAGUGUUUUACUGAUCUUUGGAGCUAAAUUACUGUACACAUUGCCACCUCUUUUUUUCACUUGCAUUUAUUGAAAAGAAAUUUACAAGUUUAUAUGUCUAUAGGACAUAAUAUUGGGACUGUGUUAAAAUCCAGAAAAUUCCCAAACUUGGAAACAUUUUCCUCUCAUUCUUUCCUUUCCAAAGGAGUUCUUGGUUUUAAUUUAAAAUGUGUACAUACUAAAAUAAAACUAUGGUUUUAUAUUUCACUGAAAUUUGCCUUAAAUUAGAGAGCUGCACUUUAUGUAGAGCAGAAGAAAAUCUGUCUUGUAAAGAUGGGCUGCUUCUGCUUGUAAAUAUUUGAGAUAGAGUAAAUUAUGCAUAUUUAAGGGGAAGUUUGUGUCAGGGGCUGUGUUGGUAGUAAGUGGUUUAUAAUGAGAGACUGAGCCUGAAAUGGAUGGUUAAGAGCUUCAGCUGAAUUUCUGACUUUGACUAAGUAAAUCCAUGAAUGAGUUUGGCCUCAAUCAGAGGAAAGCAGGAGGGGUAAGUCAUGCCCAUCGAUAGCAGGAUGUAUUUUUAAAGGGAAGAGCUGAGAGUGUUUUUAUAUCAUAAGCCUACAGGAGCAAUUAACUUGCCAAGUGCUUGGGUUUUCACUUCAGCAUUCUUUAAGCUUUGCUGUGCUGCAUCCAGAUUAUAUUUUGUGAGAUGAGCCUGUCUAUUUAUUUUUUUUAAUGAACAUAUUGAAUAGCUUUAUCAGAUGCUUAAGAGGUAAAAGCCUACAGUGCAGCCUGCUGAGUAGCUCCUGAACAAUUCGUGCUUUGGCAGUGCACUGCUACACUCCAGGGUGUGGAGCAGGUGGGAAGGCCCAGAGUAGAUUUGUGAGCUGUUUCCUGACUAUUGGGACCGUGGUCACUUCUUGGUACCUUUAUUUUUUGUGUCCUUGCCAACAGAAGGAUGUAAAAAGCAGGGUAGGCACGUGCAAUGGCAUCGUCAUUCUACACUGAGACCCAGUUUGUAAGUGAGAAUUCCUUACUGUAGAGGAACUUAAAGAUCUGUUUGUGGUAGUGGAUCUAAACACAAGAGUAUAUUUGUAACCUUCUGGAACAUAGAAGAAUGACUUUUGAAGAGGGGGUUCUCACUUGCAGGCUGUAUCAGAGCCAAGUUGGGUGAUUUUGCUCACAAAUAUCACUGAUCUUGUUAAGAGUUUUUUGCAUGAUUAGUGAAGCUGCCCACCUCGCUGAAACAUCAGUUUAUGUGGAAGUUGGUUUGCAGUUGUUGACUUUUAUAUAACUUCAGACUGGAUGUUUUAUCAAUAAUUGUAUUCUGGAAGUAUGAAUCAGCAAAGGAAUGUACAAAAUGGAACCCUGUUAUCCAUUUCCUCGGCUUCUUUCACUGUUGCUCUUCUAUCCUGUUUGGGUAAUGCUGUUGUCACCCAACACCAAAAUGCUUUUGAUGUGACGUUUGAAAAUGCAGUAUUUAAAAACAAAACAAAACCAACCAACCUUGGCUUUAGAGAGAGCAAGAAGCAAACACUCACUUCUUGCUGCUUCCCGCGCCCUUUUAUACACUACUGUGUAAUUCCUUAACCAAAUAAUAAAAAAAAAAAGCAAUAAAAUUUAACCAUUCUGAAA